GAUUGUACGUGAAUGACACUUACCUUGCCGAAGAUCCCGGCGACAGUCAGUCGCAUAUGGAAAAGGGACGAUUGCUUUUCGGACAUGACAUAGCUUGCCCGGAGAAAGUCUCCUUGCCGGGCGGCUGCAUACGUGGGAGGAACUUUGGUCCAACCCCAUAUGAAGAUCAUCAUACAGUCAGCAUAGAAGAAUGACUUUACUGAUCAUGUGCACUAUCCCAGACGCCAAUGUCAGCAUUCCAUCUGCGGCUCAGAUGACCUGGCAGCCAAUGCAUAGCCAGAAUUCAGCGUAUAUCUAGACAGUCGUAAGCGUAUCAAGCAUCGUGUACUUGUAAAAUAUCUACCGGGAACACAGGCAUGUUGUUCUUAAUCUUUUAUACAUUCGCAUUAAUGGCCUCAGCAGUCGUCAUCCCAGAUCCCCUCGGCCCAUAUCCCGUCGCCUUGCGGGUGAAAGCCUUCGAAGAUGCAACACGAUGGGAUCCUCACGCCCCUCAAGACCAGUCUGAGAAGCGUAGAGUUAUGGUCUCCGUCCAUGUUCCCCUGAAGAAGGAAGCCGCCUGUUCCAUCGAAACCGUUCCCUACGUGCCGCCUACUACAGCAUUCGCCCUUGGUCAAGGGGCCGCGACUCUGUUUGGGCUGCCGGACACCAUCUUCUCCGGGAUGGAGCUCGAGUUCUGCAACAUCGAUACGACUUGCGCCGGGCCCGAGAAAGGUGACAAGUACCCUCUCGUCCUCUUCUCACACGGACGAGCUAGCUCAAGGCUUGCGCAUGGCGUGCUGGCACGGUCUCUUGCUAGUUACGGAUACAUCGUCGUCGCUCUGGACCAUACAUACGAUGCCGCGAUCGUCGAGUUCCCUGAUGGAAGCAUCAGAUUUGCGGAGAAUGCAACGAAUAACGACACGACGUACGUUGAGAGCCUUCUUGAGAGUCGUCAGAAAGAUGUCUCUUUCAUAAUCGACCAGCUUCUGGACCCUUCAGUAGCUACGCCGCUACUCGCUGGGACACAGGCCUCCAUCAACCCAGAGAAGAUCUUCAUUGCCGGUCACUCCUUCGGGGGCGCCACAGUAGCUUCUUCUCUCUACGCUGAUGACCGAAUCCUUGGCGGCCUCAAUUUUGACGGCCAGAUGGUCGGACCUGUCCAGACCGAGGGCACCGACAAGCCCCUGGUGCUGGUCGGCACGCCGACGACGUUUGACUACAUUUCCGGCUGGAACGAGACCUGGACAAACUUUCGCGGCCCUUCUUUGAUGUUGGUCGUCAAUGGAACAACCCACAUGUCUUUCUUUGACGCUCCGCAACUUCCGGCCGUCAAGGCUUUGCCCGCAAAGUACUCUGAUCUCAUCAAGCAGGUGUUGGGAACCAUCGAUGGCGAUUUAUUGGCCAAGAUUGAAAUUGAGCUCUUGCGGAGGACACUGGACUUUGUCUUGGAGAAUAAGAGAGAGGCAUUAUGCAACAUUGUGAGCGUCAGCCCCGAUGUUGGCCAGCUGCGAGUCAAGAAUCUGAAGUGCUCUUAAACGAGUGCAAGUACUGCCGGGAGAGAGACUCGCCACUCUGUGCUUUUACAAACCCUACUCAGUAGAACAAAACUUUUUCUCCUCAAAUCGGUUAUUGACUUUACUCAUUCAAGCACACAGCACGUCGGACUUCGUUGUUUCGGUAAGUAUGUUAGGUUGCGAUCGUAAGUGGCU